UUUGCCCGGAGAGGGAGGGAGAACGAGCUCUACGUCAAACGUUAGCAAAGUUCGCUUUUAAAAAAAUAUUAAGUUUAUUUCUUUAAUUUGGCGUCGUGGGACGAAUUAUCUAUCACAUUUACUCAGUGGAAUUAUUCGAGUAGUAUAAGGUAGUUAAACAUGCCUUCUCUAAAGUAUCAGAUGGGUGACAAGGUGAUGGGGCGCUGGCCCGGCAGCAGCCUGUACUACGAGGUCAAUGUACUCAGCUUUGAUGCUAAAAGUCGCCUCUACACAGUUAUCUACAAGGAUGGCACAGAGCUGGAGCUCAAGGAGCAAGACAUCAUGAGUCUCACUGGCUUUCAGGCGCGCACACGCUCACGUUCCCGCUCUAAUUCCCGUUCGCCUGGACGUCGCCGCAGCCGCUCACGCUCCCCUGCUAGGACCACACGCCGUUCGUCCUCUCGUACAGCCGCUGCUGCUACCACAGCUGCAGCAGAGACUGCGGCAUCUUCUCGCGGGGAUACAAAGCUCAAGCAAGCACCAGAAGUCAAGCUCAGCCCAAUGCUGAAAAAGGCAUCUGAGAACAAUAGCAGCAACAAACAUGAAAAGAAAGAGGAGAAUAACACGGCUAGCCAAAUAAAUGAGUCUGCUGCUAAGGAAGAAGCAGAUCCUGAGAAGAACCAAGGCCGAUAUAAUCUUCGGCGCAGGAAGGACGACGGAGAUGUCAAAGAAGCUGAAGCCAAAUCAGAGCACCAAGAGGAGAGAGUGGAAAAGGUGCCUGCUGCUUCUGCUGCCCCUGCCCCCACCCCACUUGAUUUUGGAGGGAAGAUAGGAGCCUUGUUCUGGAUGCUCUUCCUGCCUGCCUGGGUUCUGUUUUUGGUUCUCCAUGUGGACCAGAAGGAUCCCAGUCUGUCAAACUUCCCUCCUGCCCUGCCUUCACUUGAAACCUUCUGGGAUCCUCAAGCUUUUGUGUUUGUUGUUCUCUGGAUAUUGUUCCAGGCUCUGCUCUACAUUUUGCCUGUUGGAAAGCUGAGUGACGGUGUGCUGCUCAGGUCUGGCAAAAGGCUCAAAUACAGAACCAAUGGGUUUUUUGCCAUUAUGUUUAGUGUUGUUGUGGUGGCAGUAGCAGUGUACCAGGGGGUUGACCUCACCUACAUCCACAGCCACUUUCUGCAGCUGACCACCGCUUCCUUCCUUAUCUCCAUGAUGCUCAGUAUCUAUCUGUAUUUUCGCUCUCGCUCCACUGGCCCUGAUGAGCGGGCUCUGGGCGGGAACUCGGGCAACGUGAUCUAUGACUUUUUCAAAGGCCGUGAGCUGAAUCCUCGCAUCAAGGAAUUUGAUCUGAAGUUCUUCUGUGAGAUGCGUCCUGGACUUAUCGGCUGGUGUUUGAUCAACUUUGCCAUGGCGCUGGCUGAGAUGAAGCAGCAGAAUCUGGUCGCUCCGUCAUGUUCGAUGAUCCUCGUGAACAUCUUCCAGCUCAUCUACGUGAUGGACGGCUUGUGGAACGAGGAGGCCAUCCUGACCACCAUGGACUUGAUGCAUGAUGGUUUUGGCUACAUGUUGGCUUUUGGUGAUCUGGUGUGGGUCCCUUUUACUUACACCCUGCAGGCUAGAUACCUGGUCAGUCACCCCAAACCCCUGAGCCUCCCACUACUCGCAACUAUCAUCAUACUCAAAAUUGUUGGAAUGUACAUAUUCAGAAAAUCAAACACUGAGAAAAACGCCUUCAGGAGAAACCCAUCAGACCCCGCACUAUCCCAUUUAAAAACGAUCCCCACAGCUACAGGGAAGAGUUUAUUGGUCUCAGGCUGGUGGGGAGUGGUCCGCCAUCCUAACUACCUGGGAGACCUCAUCAUGGCUCUGGCCUGGUCCCUACCAUGUGGCUUCAGCCACCUCUUGCCCUGGUACUACAUGAUCUACUUCAUCAUCCUCCUCGUGCACAGAGACUCUCGUGACAUGAACGAGUGCAGACGGAAGUACGGCUCGGCGUGGGACAAGUACUGCCGAACUGUGCGCUACCGGAUCAUUCCCUGCGUCUACUGAGGAACCCAGCACUCGACAGAACUGAGCCAGGGCCUUUUUCCUCCCAACCAACAUCAUGACCACCUGAAGGCCCUCUGAAAGGACCGACUCAUUUGACUUGUAGAACAUUUCUUAAAUCUUUAAAUCCUGGUUGAUGAAGUUUUUUUUUUUUUUUGGAAUGAAUAGGGGGAAAAAAGGACAAUUAUAUUUGGGACUUUUUAAAGAACUGCCUUUCUAAUAGAAAAGUAUUUAAAAAAAUGAAAACUUAAAAAGUUUACAAAAGGGGAAAACAUUCAAAAAGAAAACGACUUGUUGGAAUAUCUUGUUAGGACGUACUGUAUAUUUUUGUAAAUACACAUUUGUUUUUAUACUUCAGAGAGCAACACACCACAUGCAAAACUUUUACCUUUCCCUGCAAUAAUUUCCCCUUGCCACUCAUUGUCAUACUGCUCUUUUACCUGCUUGGCUUUUAUGAAUAACUCUGUAAGUACAUAUUCCUGCUCUAGUUAUGCAGCCUGUGUGUAUUGUGAAGGAUGGGACUCAAUGCUUCCCUCAUUGAUGAUCUGUACAGUGGAACUGUGACUCAUGUUAAUACUCAGGAUUCCAAGGUAAAUUAGUAUGUUUUUGUUUCAUUUUGUUUAAAAUCGAUAGAAAUCUAGUUUUGACUUUAGCGAGUCAAAUGAUUUUAGAGGUUGCAUGAAAGGUGCACUAAUGGGUCUUAUUGCAUUGUCGGUUCCAAAGUGUAUUUGAUUGGCUUUGCUACCUCAGGUUCACACACUGUCCAGUUCUCCCUUCUCUGGGGCCUCCAGGUGGCGCUGUGUGUAAUUAUGAGUUCAACAUCGGUGCAGAAUAAGUUGAACUUCUCCAUUUUAACAGUACAUCCUUAUAUAGUUGGAUGGUGCCUUUGAUCAUGGGCUGAAUUGGUUCUAAAUGACCCUACAAGGCCACUUCCUAUCAUUGAUUGUACUUAUUUUAAGCUUUAACUUUUCACGAGAUGUAGGUGAUUAUUGAAAGAAGAUGAUACUGUGACAACAUGCAGAGCCGUUACGCGUGUUUGCAUUUUGAAACCUGUCCAUUGCAUGUUCAACUGUAGAUCAUCAGACAAGUAGCAAUACAUCAGCUAGACUAAGAAGUUUUGGUUUUUUAAUGCUGUGCUGACUGAAUAUCUUGUAAAUAAUUUUUAAUCAUGAUUUAUUUUUCUAAGUAUAGAAGUGACAAUAGUAAAAUUGCAAUGUUUCUGAGUAGCUAUUUAAUGUUGCUAUUUUUGGGAUGUUUUAAUUUAAUUUUGACCACUGUAUCGUAUGUUUACACCCAGGUCUGGGUCCAGGGUUCUGGAUAACAUGAACAUGCAUUGGAACCAGAUUAGAACUGGCUCGACUUGUUUGUUCCAAGACAAGUUGUAGUGAAUCAUAUGUAUGAUUGGGAAGCAGUUGGUUUUAAUAUACUUGGGUAAGUACUCAACUCAAUGACGUUAGCAGAGCCGGUGGGGCUGACUGCGAGGAAGAAUCCAGUUUGGCAGUUAGAUGAAGCUUAUCUGUACAAAUGUUGCAGCAUCAAAUAAAGAUUUUCAGUAUUUUCUUGUCCCA